UUCGCGGGCGAGGGGAACGAGAAAGAAGCUGCGAGGGAGAGAGAGAGAGAGAAGCGAAGUAAGGGUUUGGAGUUUGAUAGAUUAACGAAAAACGAAGGCGCGAGAAUGAGGAAUCUGAAUCUGCAAAUACAAACAGAGGAACCACCUAACAUUGAAACACCGCUUCUACUAUCAAAUCAGCAACGACAAGAAGAGGAGGAUAGUAAUAAUAAUAAUGAUAUUAAUAAUAAAAAUAAGAAUGAAGACGGUGACGGUAACGCUAAUGGUGAGAGUGAAACGGAGGAGAGUGAAGUGGAGGAGAGUCUGGCGCGGUUGGAAUUGUUUCUGACGGUGUUAGGGUUCAACCAGGAUUCGCCGUUGAGUUUAGUGGUCUCCUGGAGUGUUUUCGCGGCGGUGGGGGUGGUGGCGCCGCUGGUGGCUCUGUCCAUGUGCGGGUGUUCCGAGUGCUUGAAGUACGAGAUACAGAACUUCGAGAUGGUUAUCGUGGCGUUUCAGGCGAGCCUCGCCGCCGUUUCUUUGCUUUGUCUUUCACAUAAUCUUCGCAAGUAUGGUCUACGAAGGUUCCUCUUUGUUGACCGCUACUCUGGACAGAUGCAUUGCUUUCAUCGCGAUUACGUGGCUCAGAUUUCGGGAUCUUUGCGCUUGGUCAUUCUAUGGGUGUUGCCGUGUUUCCUUCUGAAGACAGUGAGAGAAAUCAUUCGCAUUUCGUAUGUACAACAUGGGUCUUGGUGGCUCUCACUUGCUAUUUUCUCAGCAUUGAUUAUAUCUUGGACCUAUAUGAGUGCAAUCUCUCUCACGGCCUGCAUUUUGUUUCACUUGGUCUGCAAUUUGCAAGUCAUUCACUUUGAUGAUUAUGGGAAGCUCUUGCAAAGGGAAAACGAUGUGUUAGUUUUUCUGGAGGAGCACAUUCGGUUGCGCUAUCAUCUCUCCAAGAUUAGUCAUAGGUUCAGAAUCUAUCUUCUUCUAGAGUUCUUGGUUGUCACAGCUAGCCAAGUUGUGACUCUGUUGCAGGUCACUGGAUAUCGUGAAAUUCUUACCUUAAUUAAUGGUGGAGAUUUUGCUGUAUCCACACUUGUUCAGGUGGUGGGCAUCAUUAUUUGUCUGCAUGCUGCGACGAGAAUUUCUCAUAGAGCUCAAGGGAUUGUUUCACAUGCAAGCAGGUGGCAUGCAAUGCUAACAUGCACAUCUUCUGAUGUAUCUCAAUUGAGAAGCUCUGCUAGUGCAGGUAGCUUGGAGGCGGCAAACCAUUUAAAUUCAAUACAUGUAGACUUUUCUGAAAGUGAUCUUGAGUCAUUGGAUUACUCUGGGAUGUCUAUGAAUACCCAAUGGGCUUCCUAUGUGUCCUCACAUCACAAAAGACAAGCGUUUGUGAUGUAUUUGCAGACAAAUCCAGGAGGAAUCACAAUAUUUGGAUGGACAGUUGACCGGUCUCUAGUCAACACAAUCUUUUUCCUUGAAUUAAGUUUGGUUACCUUUGUUCUCGGUCAGACGCUAAUCUAAGGAUAAAAUUUGCUCGCUGACACAAGAAACCCAUUGGUUUUAGGUCUUAUGGGUUACCAUUAUCAUUUUGAUUGAAAGUUCUCCACAAAUAGCCAUAAUUCUUCCUGAUAACCAUGGUUCCAGAAUGUUGCAUAUGCACACAGUAGCCGUGCAAAUUGCAAAGAGGUAGACAGAGUUGUCUCGUCAGUCCCAGACUUGAGAUUUAAACGUGGCCUAGCAACACAGAUGUCACCAAAAUUCUGCUCUUGAUUCUCAUUUCUCUCGUCAUCACCCUUUUCUUCGUUGAUGUAAUGAUUUCUACUCUGCACAUAAUGCAACCAAAGAGCUUACCUUAAAUCUAUACUAGCUUAAAAGACAAUUGCGGUUUUCUACCUACUUGACGCCUCAUCGAAGCAGUCAUUCAGAAAUUGUUUUUAUUCAUAACCUUAAGGUAUGCACUAUCUCAAUUGAAAUGGAAGGAUCAUAGCAUGUAAUCUUAUCUUGCCAUUUGUGAAUAAAUCUUAUCUUGCCAUUCAUGAAUGUUUCAGUCUCUGGACAACCAUGACAUUGAAGAGUGUUCUGCUGAAUUUGCAUAUCUUUUGCUUUGGAAGUUAGAAGCAUGAGCAAGGCACAUAUAGAUGUAACGCUCAGUCUUCAGUCUCUUUUUGUUGGGCAAGUACAUAUCAGUUUAAAUUUUAAGUGAGGAAUAUGGGGAAGAGUCGAACCCAAGUUCUCUGCUAACAAGAGUGACUGAGACUAAGAACUAAUCAUGUGUCUGCAAGUGUCCGUCGACAGUCAUAUUGCAAAGUAAUGUUGCUUACAAGAUCUGGUAUAGUCUACGUUUUAUUUUUCUUUUAAAAUGUGGUUAAGGCUAAUUUGCAUCAUGUAAUAGACAAUAAUUUUGAGUUGCUGAGGUGGUAGCGGAUCAGCCUACAGCUUGUUUCCUGCAAGUAACGUGUAUCCAUACACCAGUCUCAAAAACAAGUUAUUAAAAUUAGGAGAAAGCUUGGAGAAAAUGUUUACUUAUUCCGAAAGACAAGUGUCUAAUCAUUGCUGAUCACGCACCAAUCCUAUAUUUUCUCUAUUAAAGUUGGUAAUUUCUUUCCAAGAAAGUAACAGCCAAUUUUUUAUUCAGCAAUCAUUAAUCAAUUGUUAAAUGAAAUUUGUUUGUUACG